AUGGUCAACAAAGAAGAAAAGUCAGCAAACCAUUUGAAAGUGUUAAAGUUAGUUCACUCGCAAUGGAAGAGUAGUUCAGCUUUGGAACGUCAACAAUUGUAUUCAAAAAUUGAACAAGUUAAACAACCGUGCAAUGACUUAUUCAACAAGAGGAUUCAUAUACAAAAUCAAUUACGUAACAGAAGAAAACAGUUGCAUAUAAAAAGAAUGGAAAUUCUUACUCAUGCUCAAGUUAUUGAUAAAGGAAGUUAUGGACUAGCAAAAGCUGAGAAUAGUUUAUUUUCACCCAAUUUCAAUGUUGCUCAAGACUUUAAGUUUUCAGAAACAGAUAAUAGCCUUCGCACCGUGUCUGAUACGGCUGUUUUUAUUUUGAAACGUUUUAAAUUUCAUUUAGAGCUUUACAACCGAUAUCAGGUUCUUGGAGAUGUACAAAACGGUGAUCCUCACCUUGCUAAUAUUCUUGAAAGAUACCAUAGCAACGCUACUGAUCCGGAAUGUAUGGACGAAAGUGUAUCUUACCUUGAUUUGCCCAACUCUUUUAACGUGAAAUCAUAA